UGGUAUCUUUUCUAUUCCACACCGCACUGGACCACUGAAGCUGUUUUGCUUCUAACAAUGCGUAAAAAAAUCCACGUAUAUUCGUUUUCCAAAGUGUUAUAAAGUGGGUUCAAUUGUACGUAGUCUAGCCUCUGUUUACGACUGUUAAAAUAACGCCAAACUCACCCCAACAAUGGUGCGAAAAUUGAAAUUCCAUGAGCAAAAGCUGCUCAAGAAGGUGGACUUCUUCAACUGGAAGGAAACGAACAGCUUGCAGGAAUCCAAGGUGAUGCGCAAGUACCACCUGCAGAAACGUGAAGAUUACACCGCUUACAACAAGGUGGCCCGGAGCGUACGUGAGCUAGCAAAAAAGAUCGCGGACAUCGAUCAAAAACACCCGUUCCGGACGGAGAUGAGUGCGUUGCUGCUGGAGAAGCUCUACGUGAUGGGUGUGAUACCGACCAAGUGGGAUCUGGAGAAUGCAAACAACAUUAGCGCAUCAUCGUUCUGCCGCCGCCGGCUUCCGCUCGUGCUGGUGAGAAAUAAAAUGUCGGAAAAUGUAACGCACGCGACGAAAAUGAUCGAGCACGGACACGUGCGGGUCGGUGUAGAGGUUGUAAAGGAUCCGGCCUUUCUGGUGCCCCGAACGCUGGAAGAUUUCGUCACCUGGGUGGACGGUUCCGCCAUCCAGAAGCAUCUGUUGGAGUAUAACGAUAUGAGAGAUGAUUUUGAGAUGUAAAUACAGUACAAUUUAUGUGAAGGUAUUAAGCUCUU